AUAUCACACCCUCCUUUUUUCUUUCUUCGCCAUCAAGUGCGCUCUUGCUGGAGAGAGUCGAAGUGGGGGCGCUACGUAUUAUCUCCACAUCAACUUCCCGUUAUCGACUGACGACAUGUCCUCGUUCUCGCAGCAACCGCCGGCCUCUUCGUCUGCAAGAACUUUCUCUGCCACCAUUCCACCCUGGGCCUCCCUGCUUUGUCGUGCGGUGGCGAAAGCCGUCUUCUCCGUGCGGACAGUGACCGCGACCUGCUUCGGCG